AUGUCUAAUUCAACUUCAUCGUCAACGGCAGCAACGAACACUGCACCCCCACCACUAGCCUCUCAAAUUGACAAAUACCCCCGCAUAAUAAUCCAAUUCUGUACUAAGUGCAAAUGGACAAAUCGAGCAAUAUGGUACGCCCAAGAAUUAUUUCAAACAUUUGAUGCCAACGCCAUUGCUGAUAUUUCGCUUCAACCAAUAGUGGAUAUACCGGGUACUUUCCAAGUCUUGGUUCAAUUGGGCACCACAGUGGAAUUGAUCUAUCGGCGCAAGUUUAAAAAGGAUGGCGCCGAUUUGGAUCCACAAUUGGCUCAAGCGUCAUUUGAUGGGUUCCCUGAUGCCAAAUUUUUGAAAAAUCUAGUUAGGGAUAAGAUUCAUGAGAUUGAGAGUAGAAGCGGCAAUAGUGGUGGUGAUGCUUGCGACGAGGAUAGUAGUGGAAGUGUCGCUCCAGUUGGUGAUCAUUUGAUUGGAAAGGGGAGUCUAUUGAAUGAUGGGGGCGUGUGCGAACCACACGAAAAGUGUGUUGAAUGCGAACGAGAAGAAUAA